AUGGAGAACCUACUGGACCAUACUGACGAGGACGUGUUGGGGGGAUCGCUGAACGUGGUGCACUCCUGCACGAACGCCGAGGGGGACCUCUUGUAUCAGGAUCAAGGCGAAUGCCUGUACAGCGUUUGCGUGACGGCGGAGUGGAAGGGGGAGCUGUUAACGUACACCGUCGUAGUGGAGCACGCGGAGCCCUCCGCAGCGCAUACUGUCCUCGUUGAGGUGUACAUGAAUGAGUACCAGGACCUGCUGGAUAGACCCGAUGUUACCGUCGUGGCGGAUUCAAGUGUUCUGUGUGAGCUGGGGACGAGCUGCGCGGCCUCGAGCGCGUGUCCAUCUGGAUACUCCGAGCUGGUGAUAACCACGACCGACGAGUACGGGGACGGCUGGGUCGGUGGCCUACCAGACCGCAGCAACACCUGGGCGCUAACGGACGCAGCAUCAUCCUCAGUCGUUGCUGAGGGAACUUUGCACGACUGGCACUUCUCCGGCAUGACCAAGCUUUGCCUCCAGGACGGUGACUACUCCUUCGAGACUACUGCGUACACCGCUUGGAGCUCGGAUUCUGCUUGGAAUGUGUGCGAGGUGGACGGCGGUAUGGGAGGCAGCUUGGAAUUUGAGGUGAGCAGCUCGGCAUGCAAUGUCUUGGACUCCUCUUCGAAAGACGGACCUCCCGCCACUGACGCCGAGACCAGCUCGGGCGACUUGUGCGCCCUGCCAGCAGAUGAUGCAUGCGUGGGCUUCGACGUCGGCGUGGCGGAAGUUAGCGGCCCCAGCGUGGGCAUGUACUACGACGAGGCUUGCCUGGAGGGGGGCGGGGGGAAUACGGGCUGCGGCGGGGGAGGGGUGACCGCGUGCCGGAUUUGUUUCGUCAACCGCGAGUUUUGGUUGGCCGAUUUUCCCGACGAGCGUUACCCGGAUUGGCUCGAUUGCCCUUGCUGCGUGGCGGAUGCCCUAGGGGUAACCUGCCAGGGAGGCGGCGAGACGGGCACCGCGUCAGACGAGUCUAUCGUUGAACAAGCGGAGGCGUUUUACUGGGAAGGGGGUACCCUGCUCUAUGCUAGCCUCGGCGGUCUGAUCGGCCUCGGCUUGAUCACGGCCCUUUGCUGCUGCCGGGACAUCCGAAAGGCCAACCAGCUGGCGUUGUCGUACAAGCACUUCCGCGCAGCCGCGGUCACCCAAAACAAAUACAAGGAGGACGGGGACACGUCCCCCGACGUGUCCCCCCCGUCCGGCAAGAACGCCUCCGUCACCCCGCCCGCAUUCCCCACGGACGACCGGGAGCGAGGCCUCCAAACCGCCGCCACCGCCACCGCCACCGCCACGGCCACCGCCACCGCCGCCGCCGGUGUGGAAACCCUCGCCGCCAAGAAGAAGCCAUCCCGGGCGGCGCCCAGACCUACGGCGAAGAGCGGAAAGCCGGCGAGGAGGGAAAGAAGCGCGGACGCCCGUGGUCGUGCCGCGGAACCCCCGGAUGACUUCGACGACGUUGAGCUGCCGGGCGCCGCGGCGUACCAGCCCCCCAGCGACGCGUCCUGGCCUUCUGACCCCCGCGUCGGCGUGUCCGUGAGCGGCAAGAAGAACCCGCGGUGGAGCGGCAGCCGGGAACUGAACGCCUACCUCCGGAGGACGGGGUACGAGGAGAUGGACACCGAGGGCGGGGGCGGCGGCGACGGCGGCGGCGGCGUGCAGAGAGGUCGGCAGAGGUCGGGCAGUGGCGGGCGCGGCCGCGGGGGAGGGAACGCCGUGGUGCAGGCCAUCAAGACAACGGGCAGCAUGCUGAGCGAGAAGAGCAAGGGCAGGAAGGGCAGCCAGUUCGCCAGGAUGGAAGAGGGUGCGGAAAACGACGAGGCAGGCCACCCGCUCUGGAUGCAGGCCGUCGACACGAUGGGAAUGAAAGACAUCCCGCUCGGCGAUCUCCCCGUGUCCCCGUCACCGCCGCCGGCCGCCCAAAGAUCCAAGAUCCUGUCCAAGCCCAGGUCUAAGUCCAGGUCAAGGUCCAGAUCACCCCGCAAGCGCAGGGGCAGCAAGUCAUCAUCCCACCGUCGCGGCGGCGGCGGUAGCGGCGGCAGCAGCGGUCGAACCAACGGCUCCGGCUCGGCCCCGAUCGACGGCAGCCUUGGGGUGCCGUGGGAAUCGUCGUCGAAGUCCUCGCGGUUGUCCGGGAGGGGCAGGCCAAGCCGCGUGGCCCCCACGGACGAGGACUCUGGACCCGAUGACUUCGGUACGUGCGACCCGUCGUUGCUCAACAGGGUGGCGGGGGCAGAGCCUCCCGAACCCCUGUCUCGGAAUGCUCCGAAGAACGUUCCUCGGUCUGGCGCGGAACCGUCGGGGGGAGGGCGGGACAAAUCGAGAGGCCGGGGUCGAGAUGAAAACGACGGCGGGCGGAGCCGAAGCCGGAGCAAGGCGGCGGGUCUUCCGGAGGCGGCGUUGGAAGGGGAGAGGGCGCGAGCCGACAAGGCGUCGCGGCGACAGCAAGAGGAGGAGGAGAGGGAGCGGAAGAGGGCGGAGGGAUCCCGGGCGCUGAAGGAAGAGCAAGCGGAAGAGAGGAGGAGGGCCCGGGCGCUAGAGGAGAAGGAGAGACGCACGAGGGCCGAGAAAGCCCGUGCUCUAGAGGAGAAGGAGAGAGCCGAGCGCAAGAGGGCCGAGAGAGCCCGAACUCUAGAAGAAGAGCGGGCAGAAGAGAGCAGGAGGGCAGCCAAAGCGCUGGAGGAAGAGCAAGCAGAAGAGCGGCAGCGACGCCAGCAGGAACGCGAGCGGCGCCGGGUGGAAGAGGAGCGGAAGCGAGGCGCAGAGCGAGAACGCGCGCGAAGCGUGGGCAGCAGCGGCAGGGCCAAGGGCAACACCGCCGCGCGUGAGCCCUCCUCCUCCCGCAGGGACGACCGUCACCGGGACAAGAAGAAGGCCGACAACAACACCACGGCUGCAUCGAGACAGCUGCAACCACCGAGCUACAAGGAAAGCGGGGGCCGAGAGCGCGGCAGACAACGUAGAGCCGAGGGCCCCGCCGGCGCUCGCAGCAGGAGCACUCCAGCGGCAGACGGGGGCGUGCCUGCGACCCGCGAGACGGAGGCCGAGCGUCGCCGGCGCCGCUCCCGCGAAGACAAGGAACGGCGGCAGGCUGAGGCGCCGCCGCCGCCGCCGCCCUUCGAAGAGCAGGAGGGGCGGCGCAGCAAGAAGGCCGACGACCGUGGCGGGAAGCGCAGGGAGAGCUCCGGGGGGGGCAUGGUGGAGCCAGCAGACGAGAGCAGCAAACGGAGGAGCCCAAGCCGAAGUCGCCCAGCAGCCAAGCCUGCGGCGGUGGCGGCAAAGACAACAACGUCCUCGACCAGGUUUAGCAACGACCCGCGCGCAAAGAAAGAGAGGGCCGAGAGGGCCAAGGAAAGGCGGCGGGCCGCCGGCAACGCCUAG